CCCCCUCGGCACGAUGGACUGGGUCGCGGCCCAGGCCUGCCAGAAGGAACUGAGCUGCGUCAUCUGCAUGAGCACUUUCCUUGACCCGGUCACCACGGCCUGUGGGCACAGCUUUUGCCGACCCUGUCUCUGCCUGGCCUGGGAAGCAACCCAGGGCCCCGCCAGCUGCCCCAUCUGCAGGGAGCCCGCCCAGCAGAGGGACCUGGUGACCAACGUGGUGCUGAAGGGCCUGGCCGCCAUCGCCAGGAGGGCCGGCCUCAGGAGGUUCCUGCGCUCGGAGGAAGGCACGUGCGGGACGCACGGGGAGCCCAGGCAGAACUUCUGCGAGGUGGACAAGGACCUGCUGUGUGGGCGCUGCUCCGGGUCCCGCGAGCACGAGGCCCACCGACACCACCCGGUCGAACGGGCGGUCGAGGAGCAGCGGGAGACGAUUCUCAAGCAAAUGCGUGCCGUGUGGGAGAAGGUGCAAGAGAACCGGGCAGAGAUCGCCGAGCAGAGGGGAACCAUCGACCAGUGGAUCUCCUACGUGAACCUGCACCGAGGGAUGGCCUCGGAUGUGUUUGCCGUGCUGCAUCUGGCUUCCCCCGAGGAGGAGCGAUGGUAUUCCGAGACGCUCCUCCACGAGGGGAGCGUGAUUUUACUGCAUCUCAGAGCCACGGAAACCCAAAUGCUUCGGUACGGGCGUCACCUGCGAGAAACCUAUCAGGAGCUGAUGAGGACAUACCAGAUGGCAGAGGGGGACCUUCUCCGGGAGGCGGAAUCCACCCUGGAGAGCUGCGAGGCGCUGUUGGCUUGCAUGCCUCGUCGCCUGAUGCCGCAGCUCAGGGCUCCCCAAGCCGGCCGGGCAGAGGGAGACCACGCAGAUGCGCUUUGGAACUCGGAAGGCUGGGCCAAUUCGACCGCUUUUGGCUCCCGGGUCUUCAGCUCUGGGCAGCAUUACUGGGAGCUCAGUGGCAACGACUCUGCCACCUGGGCGGCGGGGGUCUGUAGGGAUUCCGCCAUAGGCAGCCACGCGCCCAUGAGCCAAUCCGGGGACCUUUUCCUCCUCUUGUGUGUGAAGGGGAACACGCACUACACCCUCUUCACCACCUCCCCGGUGCUUCCUCACUACGUGGAACGGCCAUUGGGCCGUGUUGGCGUGCUUCUGGAUCUCGACAAUGGAAGUGUGAGCUUUUGGAAUGUAGCCAAGAGGUCCCUGAUCUGGAGGUACCCCAACGGCUCUUUCCAGUUCCCCGUCAGGCCGCUUCUCCACGGUGCUGUCUCAGGAUCUUGAG